GGGUACAGAGACGCUUGAAACAACUUUCACUUGUACAUCUUGGGAAAUACCGGAUUAUUCAUAUGCUGACAUUCUUUAACCUCGCUAUACCCACAACUACAGGUUAUUUUGUUUUAUCGCUUAGGGAAAACCCUAAAAUCCUACAUUAAUUUUCCUUUAUCAUGGUAACAAAAGUACUUUUCCUUUCUGUUACUAAAUGUUACUUACUUAUCGUUACCGUAAAAGCGUAAAAUAAGACGGUGUAGGCUACCAUAAGCAGUGCGAUACGAUUUUUCUGUCGUUCAACCAACCCCACGUAUCGUUUUAUGUUGUAAGCUAAACAACCUAUACACAUGCAUCUCAGUGGUCAGCUGUCAUCAAGUUUUUAGCUUCUGAGCUUUAUUUGGCACUCCCUACUCAAGUGGUUAAGUGUUAAAAUAACAUCUCUUCCACAAAAAGAGACUACAGUAAAAACGUUACAGUAGCCUAUCAUGUCGAGGAUGCUUGCAUUUUGGAUGUGCAAUGUCACCGCCUGUUGGAGGACGAUUCUCUUCGGCACUUGUUUGCUUCUGCGUGACACCGCGAUGCGACGUGACAAAAGACAAUAGAACGCAUUAGAACCCAUUAUAUGUUACAUUACAUGACAAUCCCAUUAGAACAAGCCCUUUGUUGUGUCGCGUCGGUCGCGUCCGGUGUAGACACUGCAAGGCUUCAACGGGUUUGAAGACAAGACAUGGGGAACAAACAAGUAACAUUUAAAGAAGAACAGCUUGAGGAAUACCAGGAUUGUACAUUUUUUACUAGAAAAGAAAUCUUGCGACUGCAUAGGCGAUUCCGUGAGCUGGCCCCAAACUUGAUCCCGUUAGACUACACAAAUAGCCCUGAUAUAACUCUCCCAUCCUGCCUCAUUACCAGCAUGCCAGAGCUAAAGGAGAAUCCUUUCCGACAACGCAUAGUUGAGACUUUCUCUGAGGAUGGCAAAGGAAAUCUUAGCUUCAAUGACUUUAUGGACAUGUUAUCCAUCCUCAGUGAAAUGGUGCCGCUAGAACUUAAGAUGAUAUAUGCUUUUAAGAUUUAUGAUUUCAACAAAGAUGGUUUUCUGUGUGAGAAGGAUGUUGAGGAAACAGUGGCCAGACUAACAGGUAAGGAACUUAGAUUGGAGGAGAGGAGACUGGUUGCUCAAAGGAUAAUGGAAGAGGCAGAUUUGGAUGGAGAUGGAAAGCUCUCACUUCUUGACUUUAAAAACAUGAUCUGGAAGGCACCUGAUUUCAUCAGCUUAUUCCAUAUUCGAAUAUAAGAGGGUGGAACAGAACUCUCGAGGUCACUCAACUCAUCAUCAUCAUCUCAUCUCUUUCUGUCCUUGUUGGGAACAUCUUUAAAGAAAAAUAAAUGCUCUUGGUUAAGGUUCAAGAUCAGCUGAUAAGCACAGGUUCAAAUCAGCUCUGACUUUUAAUGGUAUUCGUUAAGCUUGAUAUUUUAAGAGAACAGACAUUUGGAAGCAGUUUGUGAAAGUAAGAACUGUACUCAAGGGGAUGCCAAUGCAGACUGCCUCUUAAUCAUAUAAGAGACAUUUUUACAGUAGGAUACAAGUUUAUAGUGAAAAUGAGAAAGUGUGAUGUGCUUUUUCUUGUUUUCUUUAUAGAAGUAAAUACAAAUGCAAACGUAUGAAGGGCUUACUGACUACUUUUAUAUAUUUAUAUACGUAAGUCAACAGAUCAUAUUGGAAAGAUUCACUCAGUGAACAUGCUGUAGUCUCAGUACUUUAUUUUAAAGGAGACAACAAGAACCCACGCUUAAAUCACAAUGCAAUUAGACUAUUCAAUACUAACCUCAUACAGAGCACUUACUGUAUAUCAUCCCAAUGCUUAAUUAAGUUACUCUGUCUUGUGUUGUGAGACGUUGAGACAAUCUUUUACAUCAUACAGUGUUAUGGAUACAUAGAUCUUAAAAGGUUUGGUUUGUUUAAGCUGAAGGAGUAAAGGUGGCUUGUAAUUCAGUACACACAAUAGAAAUAGAAUGAUAAGAUCCAGGUUAAAGUGCGACAUUAAGAAUAGAGAUGAUCAGAACAGUUUAAAUAUAAAUAUUUUAUUCCAAUACAUUUUUAAAAAAUAUAUUUCAUCAUGAUCACAUAAAAUAACAAUUUGUAUUAACAAUUUCCAUCAUUUUGUAGCUGUAGCUGGAUAUUUAUCAAAUAUACUGUAUACACCAAAAUGAAAAUCAUGCCUUUAAAUCACUGAAUGUGUAUAGAACGAAAAGAUAAUAA